AGAUAGGAUGACGGGAGGGGCUCGGGGCUGGACCAGAUGUCUAUGGGCUGGACCACUUGAUAUUUGUAAAUCUAUAUACAUUUCCGUGACAUAUCAUGGCCAUUAUGUUGGUCCAUUUAUAUGACAUGCAACAUCGAAAACAUUUGAAGUAUUUUUUGUAACCAGCCAGACAUGAAGGGCAUGUUUUUUGAGGCACUAGGUGUGGAUGUUGGAAUCACGUGUGUGCAUGAGUGCGGGUUUCUCUAGAAUUUUAAAGCUCUCGUUUUGUUUUGAUUUAUUAAUUGGCUUUAGUUUCAUUCGUAUGCUGUGAAUUCUGCGCAAAACGUCUGCUGAAUUAACACAAAAGACGUCCCAAAACGUCAGUUAUAUGACGUCUUGGGAUGAGACCGGGUUGGCUGAAUAUGUAGACUCGCUGCUCCUCACUCAUAAAGUCAGCAGGCUCUUUGAGGAGGAUCUGAAGUCAAAGUCCAUCAGAUUAAAAUGAAGAGAAAUUCUGUUAAAAGAUCUAAAACCAAACAAUCAUCAGCAAAAAGGAGAUGCCUGAAUAAAAGGUCCAAAGCGGACCCAGAAUCAGAAAACAAACCCCCUUGCCCAAGUCCAGUGCAAAAUAAAUCUGCAAGGGACCAUGUAAGGACAAUUUUAGCUCCUACUCCUUCACGUCUGAAUGUCACCGCUUCAGCGGAUCAUGGAAGUCCAGUCAGUGCUCCAACAAUUAGCCAGACCAGUGUGAAAGGAGACUUAACUAUAAAUCAAAACUUUACAAUGGUUUUGCAGAAGCCCUCUGAUGAUUAUCCUUUUGCUGAGAAUCACUCAGAUGGGGGGAAAUAUAAUGAAUAUCAAAAUCUUCCUUCACCGAACACUAAACAGGUUCUUCAAAAAUGUAAAAGCUCUCAGCGCUUACAUCAUCAGAGACGCUUGUCCUUCAAUUGUCAGGAGCAACCGACAUUAACUCUUGCAGAGGUGAAAAAGAACACAAAUCACCUAAGAGAGAUUACUGUAAUUGGAAAGAUCUUGGAGAAUCUGCCAGCAAUCAACAACAUCCUACCUGAUGAAGAAGGGAUGCAAUAUUCUCAUCACACCCUCUAUGAUAACACAGCAAAAGUCCCCUUGAGUUUAGCAGAUAGAUUUCCUGUAACCCUCAAUCAGUGGUAUAUAUUUAAAAGUCUUUCCAUCUGUGACUUUGGCAAAGGAAAUGUACUCUGUUCCACCGAACCUACAAAACUGGAGCCAUUUACUCCUUCAGAAGACAGUUUACAAGAACCUGAAGAGACGAGCAUCUCAGGGCUUGUCACUGAAGUCUUACUGAACUUUGAGUAUUUUUGUUCAUGCGGUGCCACUCUCUCUCUCUCAAAUUCAAAAUUCCUUAUUAAAUGCAAGAAGUGCAGAAAAAGCUGCAGGUGUGACAGAGUUCAAAACCGAGCCAAGGCCAAUGUAACCAUCAAACAGCUCAAUGGAACAGAGCAGAGAGUGGUGUUAAAUGAUACACUGCUGCACUCCAUUGUCAGCUUCAAGAGAGAGGGAUACUGUGACAGUCAGCUGCUAGAGGAGCGUCUGCUGAGAGUAGAGAGGAUGACUUUAGUCUGUGUGGAUGAUGAGCCUCGCUGUGUGCAAAUAGAAGAAAAGGAUGUGUCAAAAUCACUUUUUUCGAAGGUGAAAUGCUGUUUGUUAUGAAGCCUUGUCUAUUAAAGGUGCAGUAAGUGAUUUCUAAAAAAAAAAAACGCUGUUGAAAGUGGAUUGAACCAAACACCACAACAGACUUUUAUCCAAUCAGCAGUAGGAGGCCGAUACACUCAUGAUGGGGGAGGAGAGAGAGUGAGCAAGAGGGAGAUUUG